CAUUGGACAAAAUGGUAGACAAAACAAGAUUGAAGUAUUAUCAAAAAAUUUUACCAAUGGAGUCAGCAAAAGAUAUCUCAACAGGGAAAGAUCAAGCAGAUAUUCAAAAAUCAAUGGAAAGUUUCGGAAUAAAAGAUGAUCAAAAGGGUCACGAAGAUGAUGAAAACUAUGUAAAUGUGUCAAAAGACACUUUCCUACAGGAUAGAAAUUCUCCUGGUGUAAAUUCAGAUAGAGUGAAACCAAUUGAAAACCCUUAUAUUAUCUCCCUUGAUAUAGGAACAACUAGCUUAAGGAGCCACAUAUAUGAUAAAAAUGGAUGUAUAAGAGGCUCUAGUAGUAAAAGAAUUGAAUUACUACAUCCAAAACCUGGUUGGUCAGAAAUGGUUCCAGAUGUUUUAUAUAAACAAGUUGUUUCCUGUAUAACAGAGUCAAUGAAAGCUGCCAGUAUCAAAGUGAACCAGGUUACAUGUAUGGGAAUCACUACACAACGAAAUACGUUUAUUACAUGGGACAGGGAAACAGGAGAAUAUUUCCACAAUUUUUUAACAUGGCAAGAUCUAAGGGCAAGGGAUACAGUGAAAAAUUGGAAUAGUUCAUACAAGAUGAAGUUUCUAAAUAGUGGGUCAUCAAUACUUCACACAUUUACAAGACAAAAGAGAUUCUUAGCUGCCAGUGUUUUAAAAUUCAUGUCUCCUCAGGUAACCAUGCGACUGUUAUGGUGUUUAGAACAUGUUGAAAAGUUAAAAGCUAGAGUGGUUGAGAAUCAAGUGAUGUUUGGCUGUAUAGAAACAUGGUUGUUAUGGAAACUUACUGGAGGCAAAGUUCAUGCUACAGACUAUUCGUGUGCUAGUGGAACAGGUCUUUUUGAUCCUUUCCAGGUAGAAUGGAGUACAAUAGUGUGUAAUCUACUGAACAUUCCAAUGUCUAUAUUCCCAACAGUAAUGGAUACAAGUGGCUUUUUUGGUGAUACAGAUCCAUGCAUAUUUGGAGAAUCUAUUCCAAUAACUUCUGUGGUAUCAGACCAAACAGGGGCCAUGUUUGGUGAAUGUUGUUUUAAUGUUGGUGACAUCAAAUGCACCAUGGGAACUGGAACAUUUGUAGAUCUGAAUACAGGAAGUACACCACACGCUUCAAUAGCAGGCUUAUAUCCAAUUAUUGGCUGGAAGAUAAAGAAUGAAUUAGUAUAUGUAGCUGAAGGUUUAAUUGGUGAUACUGGUACAGUCAUGGAAUGGUGUAAAUCUCUAAAUUUAUACGAAGAUGUAUCAGAGACACAGAGAUUAGCAGAAUCAGUGCUAAGUAGUGAUGGUGUUUACUUUGUUUCUGCAUUCAGUGGUCUUCAAGCUCCAAUAAAUGAUGAUAAAGCAUCAACAUUGCUGAUAGGAAUGAAACCAUCAACAACAAAAGCUCAUAUAGUGCGAGCAGUUCUAGAGUCAUUAGCUUUUAGGUUUAAAAUUUUGUAUGAAACAAUACUCACAGAAACCAGAAUAUCAUUAUCUUAUAUUAGAGCUGAUGGAGGUGUUUGUAAUAAUGACUUUCUGAUGCAGCUUAUGUCUGAUCUAACCCACCAACCUAUAGACCGUGCCAAACAGAGAGGUGACAUGACAAGUCUUGGAACAGCGUUCCUAGCAGGCUUAGCCACAGGUGUAUGGAAAAGUAAAGAUGAAUUAUAUGAUAUUAGACAGUCUGAGAGAAUAUUCGAACCUAAUGAAGAGACAUGGCUAAAAUAUAAACAUACAUUUAGUCAGUGGGAGCGUGCAGUACACAGGAGUAGAGAAUGGUACACAGAAUCAUAAUUAUGACUGUGUGUCAAUUUUGUUAAGUUCAAGUGGUCCAAAGGGGCAAUUUGAGCUUUAGCAGUAACUUGGAGUCAACCGUCUGGUGUCCAUCAUAUUUCAAAAAAGAUCUUCUCUGCCUUUUUGAACCAAAUUUGGGUGGAGUGUAUUUUUGAAAUUAUGUCUGAUGACCCUGUCAUCAAACCAACAUUAUGGCGAUUAAAAAGGGGCAUAGAGGUACAAAUUGAUUGACGGUUUCUUAAUGUCCAUUGACUCCAAUGGCAAAUUUUUCAUGCAUGUUCAAGACAUGCAUAGGGGUUAAAAACAUCAAUUAAAUUAAAAAAAUUUACUUAUGGAUCAAUUGCUAUCAUAUAUUGAAAAAUGACACAUUUGUGAUCCCUUUUAAAAACUGCUACUAAAAUUUAAAAAUUGUUAUUGUUAAAUAUAAAACAUUAUGUGAAAGACCUUUUGCUCCAAAAUGCAGUUAUAUAAUACAUUAAUGAUCCCCUUUAAAAUCAAACAUGGCAGCCACCAUUAGUAAAAGUAUAAAAUCUUUACAGAAUAAAAUCUGAAAAAUAUAAUGUAAAUGCAAACUUUGUGGAAAUUUUACAUUUGUUAUCUUCUUUUAGAAUAUGGUUAUCUAACAUUUAUUAUCUUAUUUAAGAAAUUGGUUGAUAACCCAAUAUGCUUUCACAGCCUCCUCCAUUACUAAAAGUAGAAUAUUUUACCAAAAUAAAAGUAAUAAAAAAGUCUAAAAAUAAUGUGAAGGACCAAACUUUGGUUGAAUGGUAGAUUUAAGAUCCCUCUCCAGUCUCAACUUCAAACAGUAACUUCCACAGUGACUAAAAAUUUUAAACUUGACAAAAAAUAAAACAAAAAAUUAUGAAAAAAUCAUUUGAUGUACCACUUGAAAAUUUAAGUCUGCUGAAAAAAUGUGGAUCCAUAAUUCUAAUUUCUGAUUUAUUUUAUAAUGGGCUGAAAUUUUGCCAUGAAAUUCUAGUAUAGGACUGGUUAAUUACAUCUGAGGUGACUUAACAGGUUAACUGUGUUUAAGAGUGGCCAUUAUAAAAUGGGCAUAGCUCUAGGUGAGCCAUACAGGUUCUUGAAUUAAUUGUUACCUGCUAACUAAAUUAUGCUAUUAUAAUGGUUAACAUGUUGAAGGCAUAAUUCUACAAAGUAUGGAAAUUUGAAUAGUUAGCUAACAUGAUUUUAUAGCUUAUUGACAUGUCUUUACAGAUUGAUAUAUAUUUAACACCAGAAGUAAUCUGUAUGACAACUAGCUACUUAAUACAAAGUUGCAUAUGCAUUAUAACUUUCAGGGAAUUCACACAAUAUUGGCAUUAUGACUCUUGUAUUUGAUUUUUGUUGAAAAAGAAUUUUCAAAUAAAACAAUGGCUUGUGCAUUUGUACAUACUGGGUUAAACAUAUACAACUUCUCCAUAACCAGUAAACGGAUUUCAAUAAAACAAUUAGUGAUGCUUUAAAACCUUAUCAAAUUAUGCACUUUCUAAUUCAUAUUUAAUUUGAAUGAUAUUUUUCAGGUUUAUCUCUUAACAAAACAUGUGUCUUGUAAUUUUUUUUAUCUACAAAACCUCUUUAACAAGUACACUGAAAUUGUGAGUGGUAUUUAGAAUAUUAUGUCAUUGUACAUGUAUUAUUUGUGGACAUUGUUUUGCCUUUUAUCAAUAUGUGAUUUCUUUUAAUUUUAAAAGAAGGUAUUUGUUUG